AUGAGCGAGACAAAGGAUUAUUACGAAGGCAAAGACAAGCUAUGGCAUGACAGAUGGUUCGAAAUGUUUCGUAAGGGAAAGUGGAUGAGCAACCCGGAUUUCAGCAGCACCAUGAGCCCUGAAUGGGACAGCUAUCAUCCUUAUUCAUGCAAUACUUGCAAACGAGGAGGCCUACAGAGUCUCAACUUGGUGCGAUGCUCGGGAUGCAGAGUUGUAAAAUAUUGCUGUCGAGACCAUCAAAAGAAGGACUGGCCUAUGCACAAGAGUUGGUGCAAGGCUUUCAGUAAAGUCAGCGACAUCAAUGACGAAGCUGAUGAGAAGAUCGAUUGGACGGAAUGGAGCCGUCGACAAAAUGAAACAAGUAGAAAGAUCAUGAACAUGGUGCGAGGAGAUUUGAGACAUUCCAUUAACGUUCAAAUUGCAUGGGUUCAGCCUCACUGUAGCCGAUGUUUUCGAUCCGGUCGGAUCUCGGGCGUGGAUUUGGUCGUUUGCCCAAGUUGCAAUGGCGUCGCCGUAUGCAAGUCAUGCCUCGGGCAUGAAACUGACACCACUUGGGAAACUUUUCAUAACGGUGACAAGCAGGAAUGCGAAUCAUACUUGAUCUAUCUAUGCUGUUCUGCUAUGAUUGUCGAACACGAGAAGCCUGUGCUUAGACCCAGCCAUACGAAUUGCACAGAAACAUUCUGUCCAAAAGAUUGGAUUGACUAUUUCGAAAAGAAGGGGAAUGAUUUUGGUACUUGGCUUGACGGGCCUAUCAGUGCUCUCCGAAUCAUGGCUCCUAUUGUAUGUUUUCUGACUGAUGGGCUGACACUCCCAAUGACUAUUCAAAUGUUCCUUGGGGAAUUGAGCUUGUUGAAGAAAUCAGAAUUGAGUAUUCAUAUUUUGGGAGCUGAAGGCCAGGAAUUUAUUGCUACUCGGGCAUUUCUGGAGCUUGGGAGACUAAACCCGCAAUUGAAACGACUGGAUAUAGUGAUGGUAGGGCCAAACCUACCAAACAACUAUUCGCACUCUUAUCCCCAAUUCGUUCUUUCAUCUGAAGAAGCACCAUGCCAUUUGGAAGGAACCGUAGACCAUGUCUCUGGCCUCUACCACAGGUGCCCUGCUGCAAGCGGUCCGGUCCCCGAUUUGUUUGUGGCGUUUAAUCCUGGAUUUCAAGAACCAUCCCAUUUCGUGACUUGGCGGUCAACAUUGGAAUUGGUGAAGACAAGAACAGGGGUUCCUCUUUGCAUCACCGGGUUCAACUUUUCGGAAGUCCACAAUGACGUUAAGGUACUGAAAGGGGUGGGUUUUCAAGAAAAGGUACCCCCAACAGCCAACCCGUUUCGCAGCACGAGACCUUUUCUUGACCCCUCAAGAGAAGAGACUGACUUCAUCUACAACAACAAAGCGUACGCAAUAGUGCAAGGGGUUGCCUAA